GGGGGCGCUGCGGCGACCCCUCCCACCCCGUAGGAAUCUACGCUGACCCGAGGGCGCUUGCUUCCUGUUUGUCGGAGGAGGAGACAUGGCGGUUGCGCCAGCGGCAGCUGGGGUCGGCCGAGGGCGACGGUCCGCAGCAACAGUGGCGGCUUGGGGCGGGUGGGGCGGCCGGCCGCGGCCCAGUAACGUUUUGCUGCAGCUGCGACAGGGCCAGCUGACCGGCCGGGGCCUGACCCGGGCGGUGCAGUUCACUGAGACUUUUUUGACUGAGAGGGACAAACAAUCCAAAUGGAGUGGAAUUCCUCAGUUGCUCCUUAAGCUGUAUGCCACCAGCCACCUCCAUAGUGACUUCGUUGAGUGCCAAAACAUCCUGAAGGACAUUUCUCCUCUUCUCUCGAUGGAGGCUAUGGCAUUUGUUACUGAAGAGAGGAAAUUUACCCAAGAAACCACUUAUCCAAAUACUUAUGUUUUUGACUUGUUUGGAGGUGUUGAUCUGCUUGUAGAAAUUCUUAUGAGGCCUACAAUCUCUAUCCGGGGACAGAAACUGAAAAUAAGUGAUGAAAUGUCCAAGGACUGCUUGAGCAUCCUGUAUAAUACUUGUGUCUGUACGGAAGGAGUAACAAAACGUUUGGCAGAAAAGAAUGACUUUGUGAUCUUUCUGUUUACACUGAUGACAAGUAAGAAGACGUUCUUACAAACAGCAACACUCAUUGAAGAUAUUUUGGGUGUUAAAAAGGAAAUGAUCCGACUAGAUGAAGUUCCCAAUCUGAAUUCCUUAGUAUCCAAUUUCGAUCAGCAACAGCUUGCUAAUUUCUGCCGGAUUCUGGCUGUCACCAUUUCAGAGAUGGAUACAGGGAAUGAUGACAAGCACACGCUUCUUGCCAAAAAUGCACAGCAGAAGAAGAGCUUGAGCUUGGGGCCUUCUGCAGCAGAAAUCAACCAAGCUGCCCUUCUCAGUAUCCCUGGCUUUGUUGAGCGGCUUUGCAAAUUGGCGACUCGAAAGGUUUCAGAGUCAACGGGCACAGCCAGCUUCAUUCAGGAGUUGGAGGAGUGGUACACAUGGCUAGACAAUGCUUUGGUGCUAGAUGCCCUGAUGCGAGUGGCCAAUGAGGAGUCAGAGCACAAUCAAGCCUCCAUUGUGUUCUCUCCUCUAGCCGCUCCUGAGGAGAAUGGCCUGCCUCACAUGUCAGCUAGGACCCAGCUGCCCCAGUCAAUGAAGAUUAUGCAUGAGAUCAUGUACAAACUGGAAGUGCUCUAUGUCCUCUGUGUGCUGCUGAUGGGGCGUCAGCGAAACCAGGUUCACAGAAUGAUUGCAGAGUUCAAACUGAUCCCCGGACUCAAUAAUUUGUUUGAUAAGCUGAUUUGGAGGAAGCAUUCGGCAACUGCCCUUGUCCUCCAUGGUCACAGCCAGAACUGUGACUGUAGCCCGGACAUCACCCUGAAGAUACAGUUUUUGAGGCUUCUCCAGAGCUUCAGCGACCACCAUGAGAACAAGUACCUACUACUCAACAACCAGGAGCUGAACGAACUCAGUGCCAUCUCUCUCAAGGCCAACAUCCCCGAGGUGGAAGCCGUCCUCAACACUGACCGGAGUCUGGUGUGUGAUGGGAAGAGGGGCUUACUAACUCGCCUCCUGCAAGUCAUGAAGAAGGAGCCUGCCGAGUCAUCUUUCAGGUUUUGGCAAGCCCGGGCUGUGGAGAGUUUCCUCCGAGGGACCACCUCCUAUGCAGACCAGAUGUUCCUGCUGAAGCGAGGCCUUCUGGAGCACAUCCUGUACUGCAUUGUGGACAGCGAGUGCAAGUCGCGGGAUGUGCUCCAGAGUUACUUCGAUCUCCUGGGGGAGCUGAUGAAAUUCAACAUUGAUGCAUUCAGGAGGUUCAGUAAAUACAUCAAUAAUGAUACAAAGUUCCAGGUGUUCAUGAAGCAGAUCAACAGCUCUCUGGUAGACUCCAACAUGCUGGUGCGUUGCGUCACUUUGUCACUGGACCGAUUUGAAAACCAGGUGGACGUGAAAGUUGCUGAGGUCCUGUCCGAGUGCCGCCUGCUUACCUAUGUAUCCCAGGUGCCCGUACAGAUGUCCUUCCUCUUCCGCCUCAUCAACAUCAUCCAUGUGCAGACACUGACCCAGGAGAACGUCAGCUGCCUCAACACCAGCCUAGUGAUCCUGAUGUUGGCCCGACGGAAAGGGCAGCUGCCCUUGUACCUGCAGCUGCUGCAGCGCAUGGAACACAGCAAUAAGUACCCUGGCUUCCUACUCAACAACUUCCACAAUUUGCUGCGUUUCUGGCAGCAGCAUUACCUGCACAAGGACAAGGACAGCACUUGCCUGGAGAACGUGAAGCUCCUGCAUCAGCUUCUCAUACUGGAAGGAGACAGUGUCCAUCCUGCUGAACCCGGAUCGCCAGUCACCCUCUGCCCUUGUUAGCUACAUCGAGGAGCCCUACAUGGACAUAGACAGGGAAUUCACUGAGGAGUGACCUUGGGCCAGGCCUUGGGAGGCUGCUGGGUCAGUGCGGGUGAGCGUGGGGUGUGAUGCCACAUUCUCUGCCCUGUUCCCAUCCCUCCCUGCUGCUCUCUGCACCAGGUCUUCACAUAUAAGCUGGGUAGGAGCAAUCAUCAUAGAAGCCCUCAGCCCUGAGUCUGAGGGCCCUGAGUCAUUAGGAGCCUCAGUUCCCUCACAGUCCCUGUGAUGAGGAUGGGAUUCCACACCCCCCUUCCUUCAGAACCCUGGGGCCCAGGCCCACCCAGAGGUAAGGGAACUUUUUGAAUUGGCUCUGUCUGAGCUCCUGCACAGUCUCUUGGCUGUUGAUCCUGGGGUGGGAAGGAAGAUUUGGGCACCCUCCCCCAUUUGCAAGCCAAGCCUCCCUUGUCCCUGGCCUUUGAACCCAAGUAAAGGCUUCUGAGCCCUGGGCAGGGGCUGAGGGUACCAGAGAAUGUCGCCUGCCCUUCUUUCCUUCCUUUUCCUUUAGCUCCUCUGGUUCUGUUUGCUCACUGGCCAUUGUGUUCAUCCUAGGGGGUUUGGCCAGAAGUCGGGGGGAGCCUUUCCCUCCAUCCUUGGGAUACGGGGUUUGCCUGCCCUGCCCCUGCCCCUGCCCCUGGGGUAGGGUCUCCUGCCUGAGUCCAGACACAGGAAUCUGGCUAGGAGCUCACCUUUGGCCCCUCCUUGUGUUGCCAAUUUAUUAACAGCAAAUAAACCAAUUAAAUGGAGACUAUUAAAGAACUUUAUUUUAAA